CACUCAAGAGUUAAUGUUCAUCCCUUUAGACUCAUAAAAUAUAAAGCUCAAUAUUGCUCAUAUAGUGUAUAUUUGUAUAUGUAAAGUGUAGACCACAACAUAUGGAUGCCUAAUUUAGAUAAAUUUCAUACAUUAUGAUUGAUGAAAACUUGAAAGGAAGGUCAUUUCGAGCCUAUGAUAAUUGCUAAGAGACUAAGUCAAUUUACACAAACACAACAAUUCAUUAACCCAUACCAUUGUCAUAAAUUUAUGUUAGGUGAAUACUUCUAUACAAAUCGUAAGAUAAUUGUCUUAGUUGCAUGUAUUUUUGUUAAGGGUCAACUAUAACUACGUGUUGAUUGUUAUGUUUUAUUCAUUAUAUAAAUUGUGAAUUGUUGCAUUAACCGGAAAAUUUUCAUCGUCAAUGAUAAUGUGAUUUUAUAUUGGUUAAUUUGGUUAACCAAUUAACCAAACCGAUUAAACUUUAGUUUGGUUAAUUUGGUUGUUGUAUUAGUUUGGACGGUUUGGUUAUGAUAUUGUAUUCCAUGGUUAAUGGAAUUUAGCCUUAUUUGGUUUGGUUAUAACCAUGGUAACCAUUUGAACACCCCUUAGAAAUAACCCACAAUGGUUUUUCAUGAGCAACCCCAAUGGGCCUCGCUGUUCAAAGACCAAACCUAUACAUGAUUAUUGAAAUAAGAGACCCCAAGUAGCCCUAAUAUUUUACAAACGAACCGGUUUAGUCUUCAAUUUAAAGUAAACCUAUCAGCCAAUAUACACACCUAUCAAUUACAACUACAUCCACCACCAAAUAUUCUCGGAACCAUGAUUCUAUGCAACUCAUAACUGCCAACGGAUACCUCGACCCAUGUACUUCCAUUUCAUGCACCAACUAUAUCACGUCCAACCACUUCUCGACUUUAUAUAAUGGAGAGCGCAUUUCCCCAUUUCAUUAUGCAUUUCGCAAACGACCACUUCGGCUCCAACCACCGUCACAAUUGCAUUGAACAUGGCAGACAUACCUCAAUUCAAUCAGUAAGUACUGCUUAUGCAUCUAACGAAUACUACAUCAGUUCAUUUCGAUUCUUUUUCACUAAUUAGUGACAACACUUAUGGUCCAAUAUAUAAGCAUCCCCAUGGUACGACUUUUGUGCAACGCUGCAUUUUCCCCGAUUUGCUUUCACCAAAUUCGUUUCUUUAUUUACACCAAGGCACCUCCUACCUCUUAUCCGGACAUGUAAAGGAUUUGACCACGUGCUGGUCCCCUGCAUCCAGAAUUCAUUUUGUCCACCUCACAAUUGAGGAUGAUUUCAUUGGUGUUGAGAUCGUCUUCCCGUCAUCACACUUACGUAGGAUCGUUGCAUCUGUAUUCAAAACUGCAGAUGUUGCCAAUGCUGACUAUAUGUCCCUUCUGGACAUGCUUGGAGGACAGACAUUUGAAGUCAUGGUCACAGUCAGUCCCCGGAACAAUGCAUUUGCUUAUUUUGAACUUGUGUUGGUGAAAUUAUUUUUGCCUUUGGAGAACUGAGUACCAUGUCAUGAACAAUGAGACAAUGUAUUAAGCUUUUCUAUUUCGCACCGUCAUGUUAUUCGUCGUAAUACUCAACCAUAUUAGAUUUGCGAUUAGUAAAAUUUGAUAAAUAUUUUAUCCUGAUUUGCUAUUCUUCAAAUGUAUCCUCAUGUUUAUAAUACGUGUGUGAAUGGUGUGGUUUUUCUCUUUAUUAUAAAAUUACUUUGUUUUUCUCUUAUUGUGAAUUUUCAUUCAAAUUAGGUGUUCGUCUGCGACGAAUUGCAAAAUUGCAACAAUCUUAUGCUCACAUAUCGCUUUACUCAUUUCUCGACACUACCAUUAUAGAUAUCGUAACUCCAUUUUACUUAACAGUUAUGGCCAACGGGCCGGGCUAUAUGCUAGUUAUUAUAUAAAGCUAAAUCAUUGUUACUGUUGCCUAACAAUGUCUUUUGAUGCAGUUGUUUAUAUCAAACUAACUAAUCCUAUUAGAUUAGGCUUAAGCCAAUGGGCUUCUAAGAUCAUUGGUUAGUUUUUUUAAUGGGCCUUUCUAUUUAAGAGCAACACAAGCGAUUUUCUUAUGAAAAGCCCUAUGACAAGUAAAACUAAUGAAAUAACACUUACUUCGAAUGGAAACACCAUUCUUUUACUCUGAUAGAUAUGGAAGCCUUGAAAAAUGGGAACAUAAGGGUAGUGGAGUCUUUAAAAAAAGGCAGUGGAUAUUUGUAAAACCAUGAAAUUGUCUCUUCUUCGGCAUCAUAUCUCAAGCAUACAUAAUAGAUGGGGACCUAUCAAAUAAGAAUUGUUGCAAUCCGAAUGCACAAUAUUGUUAUCAAUAAAAAGAAGGAUAAUUUUCAACACACCAUGGUGGAUUCAAUUAUGAAUACAUUCAAUCAAGAAGUUUGCCAAACAAACAAAAAAAUAUGCAUUGACCAUCAUAACACAAAUCAAACCAUAGUUCAAACGUCAUAAUAUCAAUAUGGACCAAUAAAUUGAUCCACAACAAGAUUUCCCUAAUGGUGAAUCCGAACGAAUCGAGUGGGUAAAAUCCAAUGUUGUCAGAACCGGACCGGGCAGCAACCCGGAUUAACGAGAGGUUUAAGGUUUAUCGGACAACCGGUAAUUAACCGGUAUAAAACCGUUUAUAAAACCGGUAACAUAUAAAAUUUUCAAAUUAAAUAAUUAUGAAUUUUUUGUACAUAUGAAAAUUAGUACUAGUUUUGAAAUUGAGAAUUUUAUACUUGAUAUACAUAUUCAAUAAAAUAAUUCAAUAUUA